AUGGAGGACGCAGCAGAAGUGGAGGAGGUGCAAUACAAGUUGACGUUAAUCGGCUCUAUCACUGUCCACCGUAUGACAACAAUGGCGAUGCUACCCUGGGUGGUGGCUGAAGUCAGUAGGUCACAGGAGCCCAGUACCAAUGUGUCUCUAUACGUGUCUCCAUCGUGGGUCCGGUGUGUAUGCAUGCGGGCUGAGGGGCUGCUUUGGGACCCCCUUACGCACACGGUGCUGUUCGAGUGCCAACCUCACCAGGUCAGCAAGCUCAUUCACAACAGCCAGGAGCCCAGCAGCUUUGGAUGCCUGCUCAGAGACACUCCAUGCUGUGCCUGCUAUGUGUUCAAGUGCCAGGAUAGCACAAAGGUCCCUGAGAUCAUCAGCACGCUCAGGCAAGCUGGCAAAAGCUCGGCGCGCAAUGAUGACACCCUCACCAUUCCCAACAAGACUCUGACAGAUCCUGGAGACAACAAGCCACUGGAAACGCAGGCCAUCUUUUCUUCCCUUUCCACAGCGGGUUCUGUGGUGAACAACCCUGCCCUAUCCCCAACAACCUUUGCCAAAAAGUUUGAGGUGCUCUUUUGCGGCCGUGUGACUGUUGCUCACAAAAAGGCUCCUCCUGCACUAAUUGACGAAUGCAUCGAAAAGUUCAGCCAGUUAGCUCAGGGCUCAGGGACCCCUAAAAAAGGGGUAAAUACAGGAGGACUAGUUGGUGGACUGAAGCGGGCAUUAGCCUUCCAGUCUAACGGACUUGGGAAUGCCGCUUUUGGUAAUGAUGCCACUGGGAGUCCCACCAAUGGAAAACGUCCGCUGUUGUUUAAACGGGACCCUAGCUUUCCAUCUCUACAAGCCCUGGAUGAGAAUGGCCUCUCACCUGAGAUCUCAAAUGCCAACACUACAGAAGCACAAAUUCAUUCUCCUGGGGUGCAGCCCACCAGCUUGCAGGAGAAUCGGACCAUGCUAUUUACGGUGGGCAGGUCACAGAUUUUUUUGGUUAGCCCGGACACUAAGAAGGUUGCCAUUGAAAAGAGUUUCCGGGAAAUCUCUUUCUGCUCACAAGGUAUUCGCCACGUGGACCACUUUGGCUUCAUUUGUAGGGAAACUGUGGAAAGAGGAAGCUGCCACUUUGUUUGCUAUAUCUUUCAGUGUACGGAUGAAUCGCUGGUGGAUGAGAUCAUGCUGACCUUGAAGCAGGCAUUCUCCGUAGCAGCUGUGCAGCAGAAUGCAAAGAGCCAGAGCCAACAGUGUGACAGCUGCCCCAUGCUGAAGCUCCAUAAGUUGUGUGAGAGAAUAGAGGGUCUAAAUGCAUCAAAAACUAAAAUAGAGCUUCAGAGACAUCUAGCCACUCUGGACAACCAGGAUCAAGCUGCAGUUUUUGAGAAUACUAUGAGGUCUCGUCCUAAAAGUGAACAGGAAGAAAAUGAGUUCAUAAUGGCAUCUUUGAGGAACUUGUAUGAGGAGAGACAGAGGCUCCAUCAUCACACUUUUUCAAAGGAGACCAAACAGAAUGAGGAGGCGGCGGCUGCUCCAGUUGAAGUGCAGCAACAAAGUAGCAGUCGACAGCGUCUUGAGCAGUUCAAAAGUCGAGCCAAGCGCUCUCUAACAGAGUCCUUGGAGGGUAUUUGGAAGGGAAGCAGCAAGGCCAAUUCUCAAAGAGGCAACAGUGAAAGAAGCCAUAGUGUCUCCUCCAUUUCUACUGCCAAUAGCCAGGACCAGUCUCAUUCAGAGGACCCCUUAUCCAGUGUCUCCCGGUUUCAAUCCACCAGCCCACUCAGGUGCCACAGUUCAACAGGAAACCUCAAACAGCUUGACCCUUUUGCAUCCCCAUCUCCUUCGCCCGCCUCGUUUUUACCAAGUGACAGUCAGCCGCAGGGCUUCCGUAGACGAGCCAGCACCUUUAGCCACCCUCCAACUCCCUCCUCAGCAGAUAAUUCACCAGUGUGCACUUUAACCCAUACGCCACAACAGGACCCUGCAGCUGCUUCAAAGGCCAGGCUUUUAAGGCACUACUCUGUCAGCACCGACACGCCACACCAAAGCAAAUGUGUUCCUUCUGACACCACCCUUCCUCCUGUUCCAAACAGCUCUGCAUCCUCAUCUUCUCUGCUUCCUCCUUCCUCCCCGUCAACCAGAGCUAGGCUCAGUAAAAGACGUCCUCUGGGUGGACUGCGUGCACGACUUCACUCGUCAUCCUCUGUUCCUAAUUUUUUGAAAUUUCAAUUCUUGGCCCCUGUCGAAGAAAGUGACUACCUAGACCCAAAGAGCAGAACUUUGUGUCACUUUGGUUUUAGAGAUGUAGCAGCACUAUAUGCGUCAAAUGCGGAAUGUGAAGUUGGCGAAAGCCCCCUGCGCAGUCACCGACACUCCUGGCGGCAGCAGAUUUUCCUGCGAGUCGCAACCCCUCAGAAAAACUCAGAUGUUAAUGAGCGUGGAGACGGUCUAGAUGGGGGUCGGGUGUGUGGGGGCCAAGCUGUCUGUACAGGAAGUGUAGACUUGUCCAUGAGGGUGCUGCCUGAAGAAAGAAGCAGAAAGAGCAAAGAGGAGCUGAGGGAACUAUGGAGGACAGCCAUCUUACAACAAAUCCUCCUGCAGAGGAUGGAACGAGAGAACCUGAAACUACAAGCUUCGGAAAGCGAUUUGCAGAACAAGCGUCUCAAGCUGGACUACGAAGAAAUCACUCCGUGUCUGAAAGAUGUCACGUUAGUCUGGGAGAAGAUGCUGGGAACUCCUGGAAGGGCAAAGGUCAAAUUUGACAGCGAAACCGUACAUGCGUCUGUUGCACAAGGGGUGCCGAGACAGCAUCGAGGCGAGAUCUGGAAGUUCCUUUCUGAACAGUACCUGCUGAAGCAGACGGUCCCGUCUCGGCCACCGACCAAUGACAAACCAUACAAAGAGCUGCUCAAACAGCUCACCACCCAACAGCACGCCAUCCUCAUAGAUCUGGGUCGCACUUUUCCCACUCAUCCGUAUUUUCAAGCCCAGCUGGGGUCAGGACAAUUGUCUCUGUAUAAUAUCCUGAAGGCCUACUCACUGCUGGACCCGGAGGUUGGGUACUGCCAGGGUUUGUCCUUCAUUGCUGGAGUUUUGCUGUUACACAUGGGGGAAGAAGAAGCCUUCAACAUGCUUAAAUUUCUCAUGUAUGAUGUUGGCAUCCGCAAACAGUACAGGCCUGAUAUGAUUAUCUUGCAGAUUCAGAUGUACCAGUUGUCACGUCUGCUCCAUGAUUAUCACCGGGAUCUCUACAUCCACUUGGAGCAACAAGAGAUUGGGCCCAGCCUGUAUGCCACACCGUGGUUCCUCACCGCCUUUGCCUCACAUUUCCCCCUCGGUUUCGUGGCCAGAGUUUUUGAUAUGUUGUUCCUCCAAGGACCAGAGGUCAUCUUCAAGGUGGCCUUGAGUCUUUUGGGGAGCCACAAGCCUCUCAUCUUGCAACAUGACAGCCUGGAGUCCAUUGUGGACUUCAUCAAGACCACACUGCCCAACCUGGGCCUGGUGCAGAUGGAAAAAACUAUUAAUCAGGUUUGUGAGAUGGAUGUGUCCAAGCAGCUCCAGGCGUACGAGGUGGAGUACCACGUCUUGCAGGAUGAACUCCUUGACACGCCUCCGACCCUCAACCAGCACCAGCGUGCUGCACAGCUGGAGAGGACCAAUCAGAGCCUGAGACAGCAGAACCUUGAUCUCCUCGAGGAGCUGCAGGUGUCGUACGCUCGGGUGUGCAGCCUCGAGAGUCGAGUAGCGGCGCUAGUGCAGUCAGAGAGUGAGCUGAAGCAGAAAGUUUCUACUCUGGAACUGGAGAAGCAGCAGCUGGCGAGCACAGCCACGCGCCUCCAGAACUUGCUGGUCAGCCUGGGAAUAAAAAUGAAUCUUGAUGGCCACAGAGUGCUUUCGUCCGACGUGGAAUUACAUGCGCCCGAAGUUACGGCGGGACCCACUGUGGGUCCACCAGCAGGGCAGGAGGAUCAGGCACCGGACUCCCUCUUCCAACCCUUGCCUGAAGUGCAGAAGGUAGUAAAUGGACAAGGAGAGACUUGA